AUGUCGUUGUUCGGAAAGACAUUAGGCACUGGCGGUGUCAACCAAACGGCCAAUACAGCUUCUACUGGGCCGACAUCUUCGUUAUUUGGUUCUACUAUUAAUCCUGCGCAGCAGCAACAGCAACAGCAACAACGACAAUCUCCGUUUGCAAAUAUUGCCGGUACAUCAUCUACGGCCCAACCGAACCAAACCAGCAGCCUAUUUAACAGGUUCGGUACAGCUCCUUCAAGUCAACAGCAGCCUCCAGCGGGAGGACUUAGUGGACUAUAUACCGGUAAUCAGCAGCAGCAGCAGCAGCAGCAAGCAGGAGGCAUGUUUGGUGCCUCAACCACCCAGCCCGCUGGUAGUUACUUCGGCUAUACCGGACAGCCCACAAACAACCAAGCUCAAGGACAAUCUCAAGGACUAUCAUCUAUUCUUGGAGUCGGUCAGAUAAAUGCCAGCGGGCUACCCCAGGGUAACACGACAGGGUACUUCGACAGCUUGCUCUCGAAAGGCAAAAAGCAAGGUAGCGAACAAUCACCACUCGAAGAUCUUCCCAGCCUUCAGCUUGGUCUUGGAGACCUUCGUCAGCGCCUUCGAAAGCUAGGCCCGCGAGCGGACCCUUUAGCUCAUGACAAAGCUCGCUUUAUCCUGGCCGCGUCUGGCGUCGAGCCGGCAGCAGCGGUGCGAGACUUGAACGAUUUCGACGUCCGUAUCGGAGGCCGCGUCGACCGCCCUACGUCCACUCCCGCCGUGGACGUUGACAUCGAUACGUAUCUCUCGAAUAUACAGAAGAAGACGACUCUUAGUAUGAUCGCUGACGGUCUGGAAAGAUCGGCUAGGGACUUCGAUAAUUUCCUUGAAGAUAACGUUACGAUGGAGUGGGAGGCACAGAGGAAGCGUAUCUACGAACACUUUGGCAUCAAGACUAAAGACGAUGGACCCGUUGAAGGACCGCCGGGAGCAGCCAACAGAGAGUCGCAUGCGGGCUUUGGUCGGUCGCGACGAACAACUAAGGCGGCGCGGUCUUCGGUAGCAGGUAUCAAGUCCAGCGCAUUUGGACGGUCAAAUCUUCAGAAGUCGGUCAUUGGCACUCCCAGCAAGAUUGGUAGUCACAAGACCGAAUUUACGGAUAUCCAGGAUGCAACGGGGACCCCGAGUGCCCUAAAUGGUGCUACUUCGAUCGACGAUCGAUUUCUCAGAGAGAAACAGGGGCGCCUCGCGGAACGAGUUCGACAACUUAAUCUUUGCCGAAUCGAGAAGCAGCCUUACCCUAUCCUACACGAGCUUGCGCAGGUGGCAGGAAAUUCUGGUGAUAGACAUGCUCAGCAAUUAGUCGAUGCCUAUCACGCUGCUAUGACUAUCGUCGGGGAAAAUCCAGAAGCGGAGACGUUCGCGGGUGAUGCCACGGCAAAGGAACGCCAAUUCAAGGACAAAUACUUGGAUGUGAAUGACAAGUCCUCCGGAUCAAUAGAAAUGCGAAAAAGAAUUCUUAAUGGCGCGAACGCCUUCUUAGAGAGGAAGUUUUUCCAGGAGAUCGAGAACGUCAUCGCCAAAUACCCAAGAGAAGCGAAUUUGGGAGGUCGCCCGGACGUCGUUAGCAAGAUCAAGGCAUAUGUUCGAUUACGACACUCGCGGAAAGACCUUGUGCCUGAUAACAUCGAUCUUCAACAAGUCGACGGCGAAUUCGUCUGGGCUAUCGUAUUUUAUCUGCUACGAUCUGGAAAGAUUGCCGAGGCGGCUGAUUAUGUUAAGGCCCAGUCGACUACUUUCCGGAGUAUUGAUCGUACCUUUGCAUCAUACCUCCUCGAGUAUGUUAGUAGCCCCGAUAGGCGGUUAAGGCGUCAGUUGCAGGAGCGCUGCAAUAACGAGUACAACCAACGAGCUCGUAACGCACCGGAGAAUUCCAUCGACCCGUACCGAAUGGCUUGUUAUAAGAUUGUGGGACGCUGCGACGUGAGCAAUCGCAGCCUUGACGGCCUGAACACGGAGAUUGAAGAUUGGAUAUGGCUUCAGUUCAACCUCGCUCGCGAGAAUGACAAGGCAACCGAAGUAGCUGCAGAGUCUUACGGAUUACAGGACCUACGAACAAGCAUCCGGGAUAUCGGCCUCAAACACUUUCCAAAGUCUCCUAGCGAGGACGAUAAUGGCACUUUCGGCAUGUUUUUCUUCCUACAGAUCCUCUCGGGCAUGUUCGAACAAGCUAUCUCAUACCUGUAUGCUUUCUCUUACGUGGAUGCUAUCCACUUCGCCAUAGGCCUCGAAUAUUAUGGUCUUUUACGCCCUGCGGACCCCUGGACCACGGCGGACUCGCUUCUAUCGCACGAUACUCGCUCCAGACCACAGUUAAGCUUUGGGCGGAUGCUAGGAUAUUACACGCGCGAUUUCCGAGCCGCUGACGUUGCUUCGGCUGUCGAUUACCUAACUCUGAUCUGCCUCAAUGCAGACCUGGGUGGCGAAGCGGGACGGCAACAAGCAGAGCUUUGCCAUGCGGCUCUGCGAGAACUUAUCUUAGAGACCAGAGAGUUUAGUAAACUCAUUGGUGAUAUUAGACCGGAUGGGCGCCGCAUUACAGGUCUCGUCGAAGAACGUGCCUCACUCAUCGGUCUUCGGGAGGAAGAUGACUUCGUGAAGACCGUUACGCUACAGGCAGCCCGGUUCGCGGAUGAUAACGGGCGAACAACGGAUGCAGUGCUGUUGUAUCAUUUAGCUGGAGACUAUGAUAGUGUAGUGACUAUAGUGAGUCGCGCGCUAAGCGAGGCCAUCUCACUAGAGAUCGGCGAGGAUCCCAUGCGCUUGAUGCCAGUUAAACCCCGAACAGAUGGCAAGGACCCAGAGGCGCAAGUUGGCAGCAGCUUGAGUCUGGCAUCUAUCGACGAUCCCAUCCAGCUCGCGAUGACAAUGAUGUCGAUGUACGAAAAGGACGCCAUGUUCUAUACGAGAGUCGAGGAACAGAACCGGAUCGCGUGUCAUAUCCUCUUGCAAAUGAGCGAUAUCAAGAGCUUGGUCGAGGGUGGUCAAUGGCCCGAGGCGUUAGAUAAAAUACGCGGGUUAGAGAUCCUACCGCUGGAUGCUAACGGCGAUCCGGCUAGGAUCCGACACUACGCAGCAACAUUUUCGGGACUGUCCCAGACUGUUGCCAUCAACGUACCGAACCUACUUAUGUGGACUAUUACGUGCUGCAUCCAACAGAGAGAGCGGCUCAUGAGCGGGCAGUUCAGCGGCAACGAAGGCACUCGACGGAUGAUGUGUGACAACCUCAAGCAGAUCAGCAUGGAUCUAACGACAUACACAAGCCAGCUGAGAUAUAGGUUCCCGCCACACCUGCACGAAGCUCUUGCUCGAGCUUCGGCGGAUUAA